GGGAAAAUCAUUCAAAUGCUGUCUUAGUAAUGCUUAGCUUAAAGUACUCGCUGCCGGUGUUUACUGGGCGGCUGGAAUUUACCGGAAUAUCCCAGAGGAGGAGCAGUGUGGUGGUAUGUGGAUUGAAGGGACCAAGACCCAGAUACCCAAGAGUGUGGAAAUCCAAUAAGAAGAUUGGGACUAUUUCCAAGUCACUCAAGCUUGUUGAGUGUAUUAAGGGAUUGUCAAAUGUGAAAGAGGAGGUUUAUGGGGCACUUGAUUCUUUCAUUGCUUGGGAGUUGGAGUUUCCAUUGAUUACAGUGAAGAAGGCUUUGAAGACUCUUGAAAAUCAGAAAGAUUAUAAAAGGAUCAUUCAGGUAGCGAAAUGGAUGCUGAGCAAAGGUCAAGGAAGGACAAUGGGGACUUAUUUUACCUUGUUGAAUGCUUUGGCGGCAGAUGGGAGGAUUGAAGAAGCUGAAGAGCUUUGGAAGAAGCUGUUCUCGCAGUACUUGGAUAGCAUGCCUCGAACGUUCUUUGACAAGAUGAUUUCGAUUUACUAUGAAGGGGGCCUGCAUGACAAGAUGUUUGAGAUAUUUGCUGACAUGGAGGAGCUUGGCAUCAGACCAAAUAUGUCAAUUGUUAACAAGGUUGGAGAUGUCUUUCAGAAGCUAGGUAUGAUGGACAAAUACACUAAAUUGAAGAAGAAAUAUCCACCGCCAAGAUGGGAGAUUCGGUACAUCAAAGGAAAACGUGUUAAAAUUCAAGCAAACAAGCAAAGCAAUCUUGAUGGUGAUGACAAAAUGUUAAGUGCAGAGAAGGAAUCAAUUCAAAGCUCAAAUGAAGUGUCAAAUGCCAACUCAAAUUUAGAUGAACAAGCUGUUGAAGCUGAGGAAGUGAACCAGAACAUGUCCAAUUUACUGGAGGAAGCUGGUAUGAGUUCAGAUGAACUCAGGGUUGAAUCUUAAAGCUCUUAUUGACCAGUCAGAUGCAUCGUUAUUAUGCGAUGGUAUCCCCCAUGAUGAGGAAAGGUACUCAAGGUAAAGGAAGACGUUCAAAAGUGAUGUUGAAAAUCAUAACGCUUGUGCCCGUCUAGGAAAAAUUGUCGUGUCAGACUUGUUUCUAGUUAGAAGCAGCUGCGUGUUAGGAACAGAUCAAAGUAUUUGUAGUGCAGAUUUUAGGAUAAUAGUAUGAAAUGUACAAGCAUUCUUUUUGCAAGUC